UUCCUUUGUGCCUAAUUUUGUUUCUUGUUUUUUGCAUGCCUCGUUUGUAUUCAAUGUUUCCAUAGAUACCCGCUUUUAAAUCAAUUUCUCCAAAUUAGUAGGCCAGCGUGAAUUAAAAACAAUUGUUAUAAUUUAAAAAAUGGACAAAUAACAUCUUUCAAACGGAGAGUGUCUCAAAUAAUGCCUCCUUUUCGGCUUGAACCACUCGAGAGGCAAGUCAGAGUGCGUAAAACGUGUAUUUUAUUCACGAAAGGUACUUAUCGACCUGAAGUAAAAAACACAGAUUGGGAGAAGUACCAAGAAUCGUUACCGAAGGAUAACGAUCCAUAUUGUCCCGGAAACCUAAACUACCAUCUAUCUCACUAUAAUCGUAUAGGCAAUGGGCCAGAGGAACCCUUUGAAACGACAACCUACAGUACGACUGAGCAAGUGCACGCUAGGGACUCUGUUAGAAAAUUAUUUCACAUCCCCAACAAAUACAUGGUUAAUUAUUAUACGUACAAUAACACUUUAGCUUGUGACAGUGAUGCACGUAACAAAAUCUGUCCGGAGACGUGUGCAGCAAGCUACUCAACGACCAUGCAAAAAAGCUACAAGCCACCUCACCCCUACGUGAUGGAAAGGUUAUCAUUCCCCAAAGCUCCAUUUCUGUUGCACCGCCGUUACAAGUGGAAGAACAAUGCCCAAACUUCACCACAUACCUUUUAUGAUGAAAGGGAAAUUGAUGAAAUUAAACAAAUUCAAUGUAUCAAACGUUCGAAAAUGAUUUCGUACAAUCCUCUAACUGCACUAAACUCUGAUGGCAGUACGCCGCCAACGGAACGCAAUCAAAGGUGUGUGGAGAUGGAUUACAACAAAUACAAAUAGGUACUAAAAAAAAUAUGUAUUAAAAGAUAUACCGUACAAAUAAAUAUAAUUAAAGCCA